AUGAGAAAAAAACCUAGUUCGCCCUAUGCUGAAUUAAUUGAAGCAAAUAAAAAAAUAUUAUAAGAAGAUGGCAAAUAUUUGGAUUACUCCAACUUACCUAAACCUUAUAGUUAAUCAUUUUAACAACUUACUUAAUUUCGUAUUCCAUAAUAUUUUGAGCUAUUGCAUCGAAAGAAUUAAAAGAAAACUGAAAUUCAUCAAGAAUUCAAUUAACCAAAUGUUAAUCAAAACAAUAAUUCAUCUAAGAGUACUCUUACAUAAUAGUUUAGCAUAUCUAAAAAGAUAACAAUAGAAAAUAAUAAAAAGAAAGCCCUUUUCGAUGAGUAGGUUUUAAACUGCAUAAUUGGAGAGAUCUCAUCAGGAUCUUUUAAUAGAGCAAAUUAUACCCUAAAUAAAAUCUUGAGUAGUCUCCCAAUGAGCCAAUUACAUUAAAUUCAUGAGGCAAAGCAGGAAAAUAUCUAGACAUUGAUUUAAUAAAGAAGUAAUAAACAAACGAGAAUGGUUACACCUAAAUAUAAUCUUAGAACAGAUUCCUAAAUGGCAAAAUUUUUUGGAUCAUCAAAUAUUUUCCCUACUUUAUCUACCUUUAGAUUAAAAACCUCUUAAUGAUUUUUAAGUUGAAGUUUUAAUUACAACUUUAUUAAAUUUCUUUUAAA